AUGUCAUUGAAAUCUCUGAUCUUCUUCCUCACAUUCCUCAACUUUGCCACGUGUCAUCGUGAUCAACGCAAGUUGAACUUUGCUGGAAUCGGAUGUGCUCAUUGUCUGAAAUCAAUCGGAAAAUUGGACGGAAACAUGGCUUUGAAAAAUGAGAUGUUGGGUGUGUGUGAGAAGGAUUACCCGCAGAUUUCUGUGGUUCAGUCAAAUUUUGCGCGCGAACAUUGUAAGGCUACGGUUUUGCAUUUGAUGAAGGAGGCGCGGAAAGUUCGGAAUCAUGGAGAUCCGACGGUUUUUUGUAGAGAAGCUGGGAUUUGUCCAUCGCCGGGUAGACUGAUUGAUCCAAUCGGAGCACAUCAAUCAAGUCAUGCAGGCGGUUCAGGACAUCCAGGUCAUUCUAGCGGCCCAAGACGCCCAAGCAAUUCAGGCCGUCAGAUUCGUCAUAACGGACCAACUUUUACUCCUCCUCGUCCAAUUCGAAUUUCGAAUUUUUAA